AUGUCCGUAGACGUCUUUGUCCCUCCCGGCCGGAAUGUCAACGCGUUCUUCAGGACAUUCCGAGAAGCCGCGGAACCAAUCGACUACCGCUCCGAACCGGCCGCCCCAGCCAGGGCAAGCCCCCCGCACGCCGAAGCGCGACCACCAACGCCCGCAUCGGAUCCUCCCCGAUGCCCCAAUCCUCCCGAAGAGUCAGCGGCGGCCACGCCCCCGCACGCCGAAGCGCGACCGCAAACGCCCGCAUCGGAUCCUCCCCGAUGCCCCAAUCCUCCCGAAGAGUCAGCGGCGGCCACGCCCCCGCACGCCGAAGCGCGACCGCCAACGCCCGCAUCGGAUCCUCCCCGAUGCCCCAAUCCUCCAGAAGGGUCAGCGGCGACCACACCAACGCACGCCGAAGCGCCCCACGCGGAGGCAGCGCAAGGCCCUCCCACUGAAUGGCCCACCGGGGCUACAGAAGAGGGAAACGCCGCUCCGGUUCGACAAGCGGAGUUGACCGAACCGGAGGAGCAGUGGGAAACGGGGCCGGACAGCGGGUACCCCACCAUGACCCUACGGAGGGUAAAACAACCCGUUGCGGAGGAGACGGCGCCGACCCCCCAAACUGGGGAGUAG